AUGUCCAGGGUCAGCGGAAUAAGCGACAAAGUGGCCAUUGACGCGCUCAGAAAGACGCUCUUGUACAAGUUGAAAUUCAGAAAGUUGAUAACCCUCGACAAACUGUGGACAAUCCAGGAUGCCCUCCAUAAGGCGACGAACUACAUCAUAAUCAAAGAGGAAACGAAAGGGGUGGACAAUUAUGCGAUCAGUUCGGACCAAGGCCAAACCACGGGUAAUACAUGGACUUCCAAUCAAGAAUAUGACAAAAACACUUUCUGCGAGUUCCACCAAUCCCGGAGACACGCCACGACUAACUGCGAAGUCUUGGGAGUGAGGCUGGCCGCGAAACUACUAGCUGGAGAGCUCUCAAAAAUAACCAGCGUGAAAGAUCUCAUCCUCGAGACUGAUCGCCCCCUGAAGACUUACAGAAAUCCGCCUGCGGAGAAGUCCCCUCAAAGAAACAAAUCGGGGGAUAAACUUGGAAGAAGGCCGGACGACAAAGGAAACGACAACAAUCAUCGCAGAGUAAACAUAAUUAUCGGAGGAUCGCAGUACUGCAACGAUAUGAUUUCGGCCAUCAAGGCAUACCAACGGAAGGCCGAAUCAAGUGCAAACUGGCGUACGUGGUCCCCUCCCCGAGAUGGUCAAAGCAGCUCAAUAACCUUUAAGAAGGACAAAGCCAGCGAGAUCGAUCAACCUCAUUGGGAUCCACUCGUCAUAGAUCUGGUCAUUCGAGAUCUGGAAGUCGGGAGAGUCCUCAUUGACACGGGAAGCACAGUCAAUUUUAUCUUCCGCGACACUCUCAAUCGGAUGAACAUCGAACUCUGA